AGGGAGUCUCCGGGACUGGGAUGUUUCUUUCCUCUGCCCGGGUCUCUUUCCUGACGCGCUUUGCUAGUCGUUUCGGGGAAGGAGCCUGCUCGGCCGGGUCUCCGGCCCGAGUCUCUGCUGGGGCAGCCUUACAGGCUGACGUCGAGCUGUGGGGUGGAGCGAGGGCCAGAGCCGGGAUCGGCUUCUGACCUCGCCACCGGUGGACUCUGAGGUGUGAGAAUGGCGUGGACCAGGUUAACAGGUCAGGCCGCGGAAUCUGACAAUGAACCACCAGGCGACAAGCUGGGCCCAAAGCGUUGUGAGCCUUUAAGCCGCCCUAAGUCAGUUUACCCUGUAAAAUACCUAUCGUAAUAGUCGUGUGUCUUAGAACUGUGGAGAGCGGUGAUUGCCACAAGAAAGCCUAAAACAAAAAGGGCUAAGAGAUUCCUUGAGAAGAGAGAACCAAAACUCAAUGAAAACAUUAAGAAUGCCAUGCUGAUUAAAGGUGGAAAUGCAAAUUCGACCGUGACACAGGUGCUCAAGGAUGUGUAUGCACUGAAGAAACCAUAUGGAGUUCUAUAUAAAAAGAAAAACAUUACAAGACCAUUUGAGGAUCAGACAUCACUGGAGUUCUUUUCAAAGAAGUCAGACUGUUCGUUAUUCAUGUUUGGCUCCCAUAAUAAGAAGAGGCCAAAUAAUCUAGUAAUAGGUCGUAUGUAUGACUACCAUGUGCUGGAUAUGAUUGAACUAGGUAUUGAGAAAUUUGUGUCUUUAAAAGAUAUUAAGACUAGUAAGUGCCCUGAGGGAACAAAACCCAUGUUGAUAUUUGCUGGUGAUGAUUUUGAUAUGACAGAAGACUAUAGAAGAUUAAAAAAUCUUCUUAUUGAUUUCUUCAGAGGUCCCACAGUACCAAAUGUCCGGCUGGCUGGAUUAGAGUAUGUUCUGCACUUCACUGCACUGAGUGGGAAGGUUUACUUUCGGAGCUAUAAGCUGCUGUUGAAGAAAUCUGGGUGCAGAACUCCACGGAUCGAACUGGAAGAGAUGGGCCCAUCAUUGGACCUGGUCAUGAGGAGGACACACUUAGCAUCAGAUGACCUUUACAAAUUGUCCAUGAAAAUGCCCAAAGCUCUCAAGCCAAAGAAGAGAAAGAACAUUUCCCAGGAUACUUUCGGUACAACUUUUGGAAGGAUUCAUAUGCAGAAGCAAGACCUAAGCAAACUACAAACCAGGAAAAUGAAGGGAUUGAAGAAAAGACCUGCAGAGAAUGGAACAGAAGGCCAGGGGAAAAAAUCAAAGAGAAUGAAGAAAAAUUAGUGGAACCUAACUGACGAGCGCUUUCUUGUGGUUGUUUACUAAAGAGAAUUUUCUACUGGAGUCUGUUCCGUUUUCUCAUAGGAAUUUCUAUUUUUGGAGGUUUUUGGAGGUGGGAGGGGGCAAGAUUUCACAAGUAGCCCAGGCUGGCCUCAGCCUCCCAAGUGCUGCAAUUACAGGCAAGUGCCAACAAACCCAGCAUAAUUGUAUAUUUCUGUAACAUAAUUUAUUACUUAAAUUUUCUUUAAAAAUUGAAGUUUGUGUUUGGAUCAUAUUUACCCCACUCUUCCUGUUUUUACAUUUUUUUAAAUUAAUGUGUGUUGUGGGUGGUUUUCCCUCCAGGCCCAAGCUCCCAGAAUACUCAAAAUACAUAUAUUUACAAA